UAAAAUAUGGCCAUAAAUACAAACCCAAAGCAUUUUUGGUGAACAUAAUUGCCAUUGUUCGCUAUUAAUCUCACUCUCGGUUCAAAUUUUAUUUAUUUUGUAUAAUACAAAGGGCAAAAACACAGGGUCGUUUUGGGAAAAUUACGAAGAAAAGGCAAGGUGAAAAUGAAAGUGGAUGAGGGGUUGGAGGGGAUUAAAAGGGUAAGGACGCACGUUGGUUCAUGAUGAGAUAGACAGCGCCAAAAGGCAGACCAGGGUGCGUGUGAUGUGCUCUGUUUUUUUUUCUUUUUUUUUUUUUUUUCCUUUCGCUGAGCUUUGCUUUGCUUAACUUUGCUUUUGGAGGUUUGAGUACGACCCAAUAUUGCGCCAAAGAUGCGCUUAGCCUUUUCUCAAAGCCGAUCCCAAUUUAACUUUCACUGACGAACCCAAACUCUUGCACUCUCUCUCUCUCUCUCUCUCUCUCUCUCUCUCUCUCUCUCUCUGUGCCUAGUGUAGUGCCUAUCUUUCACUCACUGAGAUAGAUAGAUCUUCUAACGAAGCGGUGGAAGACAUAGCAUAGCUUAGACCCGGUCUUUUCCUAUAUGCUAUUAGAAUUAGAAAUCUACGUAUUAAGUAAGAGCUCUGUCUCAGCUCUGCUUCUUCCAAACCAUUGAAGCUCAAAUUCCCGAACUUAUGUUAGCUGGGGAUUUGCUUGGCUAAAAGCUUCACAAGGAACGAGGAAUGGAAACGCUUGGAGGGUGGGUGGUGAUCAGUUUUUUGUUGACAAAUUGGCAUUAAAUUUUUUGUUUUCUCGGUUCUCUGUGGGAAUGAAGUUUUCUUCUGUAAAGAUUUUAAUUGAAUUUGAAAGAUGAAUACCAGAACAAAGACUAGGCUUCAGUCUGCCAAAGCUCUUCCAAUGAAGAAUGAAAAAAAGAAGGUCGAUUUGCGUGGGAAUAUGCCAAGGGCUACCACAAAAGCAACCUCCAAUGGGAGAGCAUCAAGUAGAGAGAGAAAAUUGGCGUUACAACAAGAUGUUGAUAAGCUGAAGAAGAAGCUUAGAUAUGAAGAAAAUGUUCACAGAGCUUUGGAGAGGGCUUUCUCUAGACCAUUGGGAGCUCUACCUCGUCUACCUCCUUAUCUCCCACCUCAGACAUUGGAGCUUCUUGCUGAAGUGGCUGUUUUGGAAGAGGAGGUAGUUCGGCUCGAAGAACAAGUUGUUCAUUUCAGGCAGGACCUGUAUCAGGAAGCUGUGUAUGUAUCAUCCUCCAAGAAGAACAAAGCAAACUCGGCUGAUUUGCAUGAUGCAUACCAAAUAAAGAAUUCUGUAUCUGAGCAAUCCAAGUUUCUUGCUCCGAACUCCAGCAAUUCCGCUACGAGAAUGACAAAGCAUUUGAGAUCCCAAUCUGAUGAUAGGCAGGGAAAAGAGAAUCAAUCCAGUAGGUAUUCUAUGAAGGUGCGUAAAGCUCAAACAAUUAGGACACCGGUGAAGAGGCCUCCAACAGAACAGAAAUCUGCGGAAAAGCGUUUAGAUCCUCAGAAAUUGCAGUUAGAAUGCAGGGUAAGAGACCAAGAAAGUACAGAAGCACAAACUACUGUUUCGGAGAGUAAGGUCUCAGAAGAUGAUGGUCCAAACAGAAUUUCUGAAAACAUAUUGAAGUGCUUGUCCAGCAUUUUCUUAAGAAUGGGUUCGGUGAAGAAUCGGGUUAGUGCAGAUAGUUUACCCUCCAUAUCCACAUUAGGGGCUCAAGAAACCAAUCACAAAACAGAAUUUCAAGAUCCUUAUGGUAUCUGUUCGGAAUUUGGAACAAGGGAUAUUGGUCCAUAUAAGCAAUUGUUUUCCAUUGAAAUCGACUCAAAUAAGCCGAAUCGAACAGCAAAUUCUUUAUUCCUUCUUCGCAGGUUGAAACUACUGCUUGGGAAACUUGCUUCCGUCAAUCUGCAGUCUCUCAAUCAUCAGGAGAAGCUUGCAUUCUGGAUAAAUAUCUAUAACUCCUGCAUGAUGAAUGCUUUCCUAGAACAUGGAAUACCAGAGAGUCCAGAAAUGGUUGUUGCACUGAUGCAGAAGGCAACAAUAAAUGUGGGUGGACAAUUGCUAAAUGCAAUAACUAUAGAACAUUUUAUUUUAAGAUUGCCUUAUCACUCCAAAUUUACAUUUUCGAAGGGUGCAAAAACCGAUGAGAAGACAGCGAGAAGCAUUUAUGGACUGGAGUUAUCUGAACCAUUGGUUACAUUUGCACUAUCCUGCGGAAGUUGGUCCUCUCCUGCUGUGAGAAUCUAUACCGCAACUCAAGUAGAGAAUGAAUUAGAAGUGGCAAAAAGAGAGUACUUACAAGCUGCAGUGGGAAUUUCAUCAACCAAGUUUGUAAUCCCCAAGUUGCUAGAUUGGUAUUUACUCGACUUUGCAAAGGAUUUAGAGUCACUGUUGGAUUGGAUCUGCCUUCAGCUACCUAGUGAACUAGGAAAAGAAGGUUUGAAGUGUCUUGAAAGAGGAAAAAGUGAGUCUCUUUCACAGUUUGUCCAGAUUAUGCCGUAUGAGUUCAGCUUUAGAUAUCUUCUAUACACGUAAUUGUAUUUUGCUUCAUUCAAUUUUUUCGCUUUUUCUUACAUGGUUUAACGGUAAUAGGGUUACAAUUUUGUACACAGCUAUUAAAAAAAAAAAAAAAAUUCAUAUAAUAACAAAAUGUAUAAUCUGCUCUCCUUGUAAGUAAAUAUGAGUUCUGUCGAUCAGUUACUUCUCUU